CCCCUCCCACGGCUGGAACCAAGAAGGCUGUGUCCCUCUUCCUCUGGGCAUUCUUCCUGUUUCCUGCUGUCAGGAACCUCUUAGUGUCCACAGCAAGGCCUGCCACGGACCUGAAGUGACGGCUCUCACACUGCCAGUGGGGGGCACAGUGUUCGGGAUGCUCCUGGGGGAGUAGAAGCCGUGACCAGCGCCUCUACCCGGUCCUUCCAAUAAUGAGGUCCCCCAUGAGUCAUCUGCUGGCUGGCAUGUGUGUAUGGGUGUCCUUGAGCUGGGGAGGGGGCUCAGCCCCCAACCUGGGCCCUGCUGAGCAGGAGCAGAACCAUUACCUGGCCCAGCUGUUUGGCCUGUACGGGGAGAAUGGGACGCUGACUGCAGGGGGCCUGGCGCGGCUGCUCCACAGCCUGGGGCUAGGCCGAGUUCAGGCCCUCCGCCUGGGACACCAUGGGCCGCCAGCUGGCCGGGCUAUACCCCCAGCUGGAGACAAUUUCACGCACAGGCCACAAGACCCUGAGCUGAGUGUGGAUGUCUGGGCAGGGCUGCCGCUGGAUCCCUCAGGGUGGGGUGACCUGGAGGAGCCAGAGGCCCCAGUACCACCUCAGGGGCCAGGCCCCUCGGGCCUGGGCCUCUUUCACAGGCUUCUGCUGCUGGACCAUUCAUUGGCUGAUCAUCUGAAUGAGGAUUGUCUGAAUGGCUCCCAGCUGCUGGUCAAUUUUGGCCUGAGCCCUGCUGCUCCUCUGACCCCUCGUCAGUUUGCUCUGCUGUGUCCAGCCCUGCUUUAUCAGAUUGAGAGCCGUGUCUGCAUCCAGACCCCAGCCCCAACUCCCCCAGGGGAUCUACUGUCUGCUCUGGUUCAUAGUGCCUUGGCAGUCCUGCUGCUCAGCCUCCCCACUCCCCUCUCCCUGCUGUUGCUGCGGCUCCUGGGACCUCGUCUGUUGCGGCCCCUGCUGGGUUUCCUGGGGGCCCUGGCCGUGGGCACUCUUUGUGGGGAUGCGCUGCUACACCUGCUGCCACAUGCACAUGGAGGGCAGCACGCUGGAUCUGGUGGGAGACCAGAGGAGGACCUGGGACCAGGACUGUCGGUGCUUGGUGGUCUCUUCCUGCUCUUCGUGCUGGAGAACAUGCUAGGGCUUUUGCGGCGCCAAGGGCUCGGGCCAAGAUACUGCCGACGGAAAAGAAAGGAUGUUGGAACACCAGACCUGGACCCGGAGAACGUCAGUGGGAUGGCACUUCAGCCCCUACAGGCAUCUCAAGAGCCAGGGGCUCAGGGCCAGAGGGAGGACAGCCAGGCCCCAGCCCCUCCUGGGCACCAAGGCCACAGUCAUGGACACCAUAGUGGCAGUGGCACCAAUAUCACAUGGAUGGUCCUCCUGGGAGACGGUCUGCACAACCUCACUGACGGGCUGGCCAUAGGUGACUUUGCGAUGCUGCUCCAGGCAGGCCUGCCGUUCCGGAGCCUGCUGCUGCUGAGCCUGGUGUCUGGAGUCCUGGGACUUGGGGGUGCAGCCCUGGGGGUGGGGCUCAGUUUGGGCCCCAUCCCCCUCACUCCCUGGGUGUUUGGGGUCACUGCUGGGGUCUUCCUCUAUGUGGCCCUUGUGGACAUGCUCCCAGCCUUGCUUCAUCCACCUGAGCCCCUCCCUACGCUCAACGUGCUACUGCAGGGGCUGGGGCUGCUGCUGGGGGGCAGCCUCAUGCUCACCAUAGCCCUGCUGGAGGAGCGGCUGUGGCCCCUGGUCUCUAAUGGCUGAUGGGGGCCAGUGGAAAGGCGUCCAGGUUGCCCUUCCUUCCCCCCAACCACAGGAAUGGAAGCGGGACACAGGGCCAGUAGGAGCAAUAGGAUUUUAAUAAACAGAACCCAUCCCAAAGCCAUGACUACGACAGUUGUACUUGCACCAAAACAGCAUAGAAAACCAGGAUGUGGCGGGAGGAGGGCUCAAAGCGGGGGGGGGGGGGGCUCGAGGAUGCAGGGUGCAUCG